CUCAAGUCUAUCAAUUCAAACGCUUUCUCAACUGAGUUCUCUGCAAUCUCUUCCCUACUCCAAGACCUUUCCAUUGUCGCUACCGUUGUUUGGGCAUUCCCUUGCCAUCCCACUUGGCCAGAAUCAACAUGCAAUCUCUUCCGAAUAAGAUGUUUCAUUACCUGUCUCUCCUACUGUGUCUCGGCCUCUUCUUCAAUUCCCAAUUCCUAGCGUCUGCCUUCCCGCUGGCCCUAGAUGGCGCCGACGCCAUUAGCACCACACCUCCUGCGACCAGGGACAUCGUCGCCAGGGGCAAGUACCCAUCCGAGGAAGACAUCAACUCCAAAAUCGUCAACCCACCCAAGAGCAAGUCGCUCUUCUUCUCGAAGGUGGGCCACAUCGAGGCCCUGAAUCAUUUCACGGACAAAGGGUACAAAAUGCUGGAUCAUGUUUUCCCGGACCUUUCCUUCGAGGGAGAUAAGAACGACGAGGAGUUCAGGACCUACGUCGAUACAGCCAGCCGGGUCUUUGCGGAGCGCUCCUCUGGAGUGAUCAACGUCGUCAUGGGUCACGAAGAUGCUUGCACCACAUGGGCGCGGAUCGAGUUUCCGGCGCUCAAGGAGAAUUCUGACGUGGAUGAGAUCGUCAAGGUUCAGGAUUCGGACCCCAACUCGAAGGAGACUAUUUGGAAGAAGGGUGAUCCUGUGAAGAGGCAGGGAUUGCCUCCUUGGGAUGGUGGCGAGUGCCUUAACUGGGACGAUAAACCCCCGUUCUAAUUGCUGGGUGGUGAAGUGGUGUCAGGAUGCAGGGCUUAGUUAGGUUGAUGGAUGGUCCUUUGCGUUGAAUUUGUACACAGUACGGAGUAUACUCUCAGCCGCCUGAAUGUCAC